AUGGCCGAACCAAGCCCCGCCAGGUCGACGACGUCGCCGCGACCUCAGCUGUCCUCAUCCAUGAGGUCCAGCUCGUUCCUGCGCGAGCACCAGCAGUACCGGCCCCCGCAGCACCCCGAGAGUCGCUUUGGCAUCGACACCGUCGUCGAGGACCUCAGCAAAGUGGCUGUCUCGCCGUCUCAGCAGGCUCAUAACUAUAAGCAGUAUGCCGGCUUCAAUGGCAUCCCUUCCGAAGACAACCCGCCCACCAUCCGUCAUGGCCUGAACCACAGCUACUCGCACCCCAAUUGCGCCCCCGCCGCCGCCGGGGGCAAGAAGCAGUCCCGUCUGUCCCUCCCGGCCAACUUCGCCCCGACGCAGGACCCCGAGUCCUUCCCGCUCGAGCCGCCGACGCAGGAGGCCGAGAAGCUCGACCACCUGUACGGCUCCUACGUCUCGCCCAUGUGCGUGACCUCGUUCCUGCACCUGAUGUCGACCUUCCCCCUGCCCAACGGCGAGUCCGACUACAGCUCGUCGCACCGCUGCCUCGAUAGCCAGGAUAAUCCGCGCGUCGUCGAGCUGACCCUCAACCCGUCUCCCUGCCAGACCUACCUCAGUCUGACCGACCUGCGGCGGCACGAGCUCAUCUACCGCUUCGAGAGGGAGUGGAGCGUCGAUGUCGCCCUGCAGCCCGACACCCUGUGGCGCCGCCACCCGAGGCUCGUCGUCUUCGACAUGGACAGCACCCUCAUCACGCAGGAGGUCAUCGACCUGCUCGCCGCCACUAUCAAGGACCCGCCCGACCUGGCCGCCCGCGUCGCCGACAUUACCCACCGCGCCAUGCUCGGCGAGCUCGAGUUCGACGCCGCCUUCCGCGAGCGCGUGCAGCUCCUCAAGGGCCUCCCGGCCUCUUUCUUCGAGCAGCUGAGACCCGUCCUCGAUGUGACCAAUGGUGUGCCUCGCCUGCUCAAGGCCCUGAAGCGCCUCGGCGUCAAGACAGCCGUGCUGUCCGGCGGCUUCCUCCCUCUCACGAGCUGGCUGGCCGGCGAGCUCGGCAUUGACUAUGCGCAUGCCAACGAGGUCGUCAUCGACGACGCCGGCAGGCUCACGGGCGAGGUCAAGGGCCUCAUCGUAGGCAAGGAGAGGAAGCGAGAUCUGCUGCUCGAAAUCGCCGGCAAGGAGGGCAUCGACCUGUCGCAAGUCGUCGCCGUCGGAGACGGCGCCAACGAUCUCCUAAUGAUGGAGGCGGCGGGGCUGGGCGUCGCCUGGAACGCUAAGCCGAUGGUGCAGAUGGAGGCCGACACGAGGCUGAACAGCGAGAGCCUCCUGGACCUGCUGUACCUGUUCGGUUUCACUGGAGACGAGAUCGAGCAGCUCGCCUCGUAA